AUGGAGGUCAUUGCGACCGACAAAUGGCAGCUGAUGGUGGAGAACCAAGUGAUCAUUGAUAGGCCCCUUAGGGCGCCACUCCAUGCCGUCGACUUCUUCUCUCUCUUGGAUGAGGAGGAGGUCAACGGCAAGAACGGGAACGCGCUGGGCCAGGCUUUCAACUCUCGGUUACUGUACCUCGCCGAUCGCCUUCCCAACGACGUAAGCCGCCAGGUCCAGAGAGACGUAGGUGAGUUCCUCGAUGACGCGAUCAAGAUGGCGAGUUUCCUCGGGCACCGGGCGAUGCGGGUGGCUGUGACCAUGGAGGUGGUAUUGGAAAUCAACUACAAAAAGGACCCCCCGCGCAGGCAGAUGGCGAGGGGAGGGGAGCAGCAGCGGGGAGCUCCCGCCGGGGCCGCGAUUAAUCGCCACGCUGACGCGCCGUUGAUUGCCCCGGCGUUGGCCUGCACGCUGUGCAGGGAAAUCAUCCAUGCCGGAGAAGACGUCAUGAAGAUGCCCUGCGGCCACCGUUACCAUAUGACAUGCACGAAGAGGUUGGUUGGCUUAAGCUAGAGCUAGGGUUUUUGCUCCGUGGGAAGAUGCAAUGGUUGGCGUUCUCGAAUCGUGCGGCGGAAUCUUCUCAGUUAUCCUUUAUGUUUUUGCUUCCUUGGGCAUUUCUUGGGAAUAAAUUAUUUCGUACUGUUGUCACUCUUGUAGGAGAAAUUUGGAUUUUUUCAGACUAGUUCUUUGGAUGCAGACAAUAUCCACAGAUUCGUCUCCAUGGUUUACUGGUUUCCUUCUGGGGAAAUUCUAGGUUGAAAUGACUAUCCGUUGAAAAUUCAAAUGUGAAUUCUUUUCUCCUAUCAUAAACAAGGGAAAAGAAGGGGGUGGGGAAAUUCUCACAUAGAAUUCUUCCUAUCUCUUAAUUCUUCAUUUCAUCCAUAGAAGAGCAAUAAAUGGAAUACAAAAAGGGAGGGACAAGGCAUCUGGGAAUAAACGAUUAAUUUCUAUCAAUAAACCUACUAAAGACCCAGACCUUAAGAAUAGUCAACACUGGUGCCACAGGGAGAUAUGCUUUAAACAUGUAUAUAUCAGAGGAAAUACCCAAAUUUACACAUUGUAUGUGGAUAGGAAGCCAAAUUAAUGUCUACUUAACAAUACAAGUUUGUUUAGAAGAAGAGAUCAAUUAUAUCAACAUGUCCCAAGAUACUGAACUCACCAUCUUCCUUCUAUAGUCCUCAAUGUCAACAUGAGUAUCAUAGCCUGUUUGUUAGGGACUACCAAAUAUGCUGAUUAUCAUGGUUGAGGAUUAGUACCAUAUGUUCUCAACAAUGAAGACAAAGGAUCAUCCUUGAGCACAGUAGAUGAUUCCUCUUAGGAAUGUGAUAACCUUUUGACACACUUGAGCUUGAGUAUCAUGUAUCUAGGACUCAAAAGUUUUAAAAUCUUUACUUGGGUGAACAACAAAUGAAAAUAGGCGUGUAGUAACCUAAGCAAAAGUGCGUAUGCAGUUGAUAUUAACUUUCAUAUUUGGUUUAUACAUCUCUUAUUCGAUGUUUCUCUUUGUAGUUACUAGGAUAUGUUUCCUCCAAAUGGAGGGAAAAUGAGGUUCUAUUAGAAAUUUCAUAUUUCCAUGGCUCUACUCUUUUUUGGGACAUUCAUUUGCUUCAUCAUGUAUGCACGAUAUUCUUAAUGCUAAGAGUAAUAGACUAAAAAUAAAGCCUGGCAACAGAUCAACAUUACUUUUAAAAGAAACUUAGAGUUAAUUUCAUCUUCUCCUACAUGUGUCAUUAAAAAGUAAAAUUGGAAAUUACCAUGUUAAUUAAAAGUGUAAGACACCUCAAAUUGAUAAUAUCUAUCUAAGUGAUUUUGGCCACUAUUAUUUGGCAUAGAUCUUGCAGAUCAGUUUUUGUUGGCAAUAGGUAAUUUAUAUUGAUAAUGAUAAUUCUGAAUCGAUAUAACCAACAUAGUCCUUUCCUCCACACAUCUAAUUAAUGCAUAUUUUAAAUGAGUUUAAAAAGCUUAUUAUCAUUAUUUUCAUUGUCUAAUAUACCCUGUUAGUACCUAAUGUAUCUAAAUCACACACAUUGCUAAAGUCAAGUCCUGUCUCCAGCACAGACUAGUUGAAUCUUCUCCCAUGCUCUUGAAGUUGUCAAUAGUGAGUUAAAAUGUUUCAUAAGUAAAAAACGACGAGCAUAAAACACAUCAUAAUAUUUUCUUGCUUUUAACUUCUUAUCAUAUCAAUAUUAAGAAUGACAAACAUUAUUAAUAUUUCUAAUUUUAGUAUAGAUAGUUGAAUUUUUUUCAUUCUAUUUUGUUUAGAUUUAUUCUUUGGCUGUAUCUGUUCACUAGUAGAUGACUUAUACCAAUUAUUUCCAAAAUUUGAAUGACUCAUUAUCUACUUUGUCCCAUAUUUCGAAUUCUUUAUUUUGUUCAAACAUAUUAUGCACAUUCCAUACAUAAGUACCCUUUAUUUCUAAUGGAUAAUUUAAAUUAAUAGAAAACAUAAUUAUAUUGUCUUUACUUUGAAUACAACUAGCUGCAGGUUUUAUCUUUUCCUCAAAAUUUAUCUUCAUUUUAACAUGAUAAAACAUAAUGGUAAUACAAUGUAAGUUACUUACCAUAUAUGUUAGUUGAUGAUAUAUAUUGCUUUUGCGUCUUGAAGUUAAGUACCAUGUAUAAAAAAUUCUGUAAUCAGACAACAUUAAAAUCAAAAUCAUUAUGAAUUUUAUUUUGGAAUAAUUAUUUUUUUUCACCUUAUUAUUUUUUUUAAUUUUCAUUUUGAUAUCAAUCACUUUUCUUAGACUAAUAAAACUACAUCUGAGGGAGUUGCGAGGAGAGGACUUUCAGGGCUUGAUCUACAGCUGCUUCCGCCUGAGGCAAAAAAGCUCAUAAACAUGUAAAGAUUAUAGAAAUUAGACAUGAGGUUUUUUUUCGAGAUGAGUAAUAUUUUUAGUCGUUUUAUCUCCCUUGCUAUCUCAAUCUCUUCAUCUAAUUUGAUCUACUUGCUUCUUACUUUUGUCAUAAUAGAUAAUUCCUCCAAACCAGGGUUAUAGAUUCGUUUCCUAUGAUGGGAGUGCCUCAAAUACAAACUUCGUAUAGUUUGUUGGCUCUUCGAAAGAGAGCUCCAUGAUCUUGAAACUUUCGAAUUAGUGAAAGUUUUGAAAAUUUAUCUUAUUAAGGUUCAUUUAUGUCUUGAGAUCCCCAACAAUAUAGUACAUAAACUUAUCUCCUUGACGGCUAUAAAGUAUCUAGUUUUUAAGUUUUUUUGGUUGGUAGUUUCGGUAAAUUACAAUAGUAAAUUUGCAAAUCAUGGCCUUUAUAUCGUGUCAUCAUUUCAGUCUAACGUAUAGUCUGGGAGGUCUUUACCUGUCAACAGAUGUGGUUAUCGACUCUUAAACUGUGGAGUUGACACUUAGUUUCAAUACUUGAUUCAGAGAUCGGCUGUAGCUUGCAGGUUCGACACUUAGCUGUCAGCUGAUAAACUGUGUAGAAACCUCUAUGUUUUUUCAUAGGAAAAAACACGUGUUUGCAUAAGGUUCUCUCAUCCAUUCCGAUAAUAUACAUUGUAAGGUCUUCAUGAAUAAAUCCUCAUCGUAUCGGAGCAUAGAGAAGCAUUGAAAAUAAAAAACGUGAAGGUGGCUGUUUUGACAUCUUAUUUGCAUGUUCGCAUUCCUUUCCACAGCGACAUGAAGAAAGAGUAUCGUGAUUAGAUCCAAGUCUUGGUAGGCAAGAUUUAAUGGCUUUACCAGGAUUCAACCAGUAUAAUUAGGGUUGCAAUGAGAUUAUUUAGAUAGAAUGAUGUACAUUGUUGAUAACUGUCAGAAAUCUUGCUGCGUGAAUGGAGCCUAUUAUAGGAUAUGUUGAAUCAGUUACUCUAGAUGAAGAUCCCGAUCAGUUUGUGAGAGGAAACUUGGAUGCCUUCAUAGGAAGAAGAACGAAUAAAUACGUAAUAAAAAAACCCCUAAAUAGAAUGUCGGUAAAUAAUCCUCAUAUUACUAAAGUAUUUUAUUUAUAGUUUAUAAGUUGAAAUUCAGAAUAUAAAUACUUAUAUGACGAUAUUGAUAGGAUAUUCUGAGUCCGAUACUCGAGGCAAAUCCAAUCUUGAUCCGCAUACUUGUUGAUCUCCCGUAUCUAGAUUUCAUUUGCUCAUCCUGAUGGCCAGUUUAAUAUACCCUCUUACACCGCCAAAUAAUCCAUUGCCUCGCCAUGUUUCCUCUUGCUCUUGUCCUGUUUCCUCUCCCUUUUACCGAUACUCGGUGCAAAACGCAUCGAGCCCGAAGCGGUCAAAAGACAUUGAUCCCCCCCCCCCCCCCCUGCACCCCUCUUUAAAUUUUUCUCUGGUGACCGCACUUCUACUGGGGUUAAGAGGGACCAAUGGCAGCGAAGGUGAUCCUCUUUCCUGUUAUUCGCUGGCAUUGUCUUCCCGCUCCUCACCACUGCAAUGGAUGUACAUCGACAUAAUUGUAAGGCUGGAUUUCCUCAAUAGUUUACUUCCCUCCCAUUCUUCCUUCAAGCAGUUCAUUGUAAAAAUGGGGUCGAACUCACUGUGGAAAGUCCUUCGAUGUAUUAAUGAAAAUAACCUUUAACCACCUAAUUUAAAUGAAUGUUUUGAUGUACUUAUCUAAUGUUCAAUUUGACUCCAACACGCUGAAACAAAUGGGCUUCAUCCCAUGCUCAAGUGAAUAUUGUGUCAUUGAAAGUGGCUUCAGACUCACCUAAGUAAGUAGACUUGUUCAUACCGAUAAGCAAUCCCUCCAACCGAACAAUUGACAUCUCAAAAUAAUAUUUUGUAUCAUAUGUUAGCAAUGAAACUUUCAUCGAUAAACAAUGACUCUAAUGAUGAUGAAAAUUCAUAAACCAAAAACACUAGAGAUACUAAAGCCUAUAAACGACUCGACCUAAGUUAAAAAGCCCAAAAAGAGCAAUACAAAUAAAAAUAAUGAUAUCGAUGAUAUCUUACGCUAACCAUGUUACCAAAGCACCAAAAUGUAUGUCCUUUCUAGAUAUCAUUUCUUGAAGUUAUCCACAUCUGUGGAAUAUCUGGGACCCUUCCACAUCUGGUAUAAAGGAAUCAAACAAAAAUUACCUUGUAGAAUGCACUCCUGUUAACUGUAUUAUUGUGCUUGGUAUGUGAGGGCUCUCGGCCUCAUGGAGAUCUCAAUGAGACCAUCAGGUCCUGGCCCAGCGAAUUGGAUUAUCGAAGGGCCCUUAGCAUCGAGAUUCGCAUAGAUAUUCUAACCCUAGAAAUCUCCCAAUGCUGCACGCCGUUUGAGUUUUCCCAUAAUUUUCUUACAUCAGAUAAUACGAUUGAUAAAACAUAAAGGAUUGAAAAUCAAGAAAAAGUAGAUUGCUCAGUACACCGGAAUCUGUGCGCCUAUGGCUUGAAGACGAGCCAACACCGCACAGAUUCCUGGUUGAAGACGAGCUUCGGAGGAAGGCUAUUUUAAGGAUGGCAAUCACCUCGCGAAUCUCAUUCAGAGGAUAGCUCCUCAUUACACCCGAAUCUGUCCUAGGUUUGCUUGAAACAUGUCAAACUUCUUCUGCUGAUGCAAUGCGCUUCUCCAUCACACUAAACAUCAGCAGAGUUGCUGUCUUGGCCGCAUUUUGCCUUUACUUUUCAGAUACUUCCAGUGCAUUCUCCGAAUCUUCUACUCGCUCCCGGUAUUCUCUUAUUGGAUUCCACCCUUCGAGGCCGUUGUGGAGCUAAAACUGCUCGGACGCACCUGCUGA